CGCUGAGGCUGCACAGGGAGGCACAGGUUCUGACACAGUGAUCCACUUGUGGGGUGAUUUCUGUCCUGCACAACCAAAUUCCUGAGCCUUUGGAUGCUAUAUUAAUAGGUUUGACUGCUGACACAACGAUGGAUGUCAAACACAUUAAGGAUUACCUCUCAUGGCUGUACUAUCAGUAUCUUCUCAUCACAUGUAGCUAUGUCCUGGAGCCCUGGGAACAAUCCAUUUUUAACACCCUUCUGCUGACUAUUAUUGCAAUGGUGAUCUAUAGCUCUUACAUUUUCAUCCCAAUUCACGUUCGACUGGCAGUUGAGUUUUUCUCUGGAAUCUUCGGAGGACAGCAUGAAAGUACUGUGGCCCUUAUGAGCUGAGAAAACAUAUAUUGCAGGGACCUAUUGAGUAUACAUGGGACAUGCUGCUUCUUAAAUCAAGUGCAUUGGCACCGGCUGCAUACAUUCAAGGUUUAUUUAGAUCCCAGCUAUAAAACGGCUUGUGGGUGGAGGACAUUGUACAACCUGAUAUGUAAUGUGCAUGUUCAAAAUAUCCCCAGUCUGCAUAUAUUACAGCUUAAGCAGUAUAUUUGCCAGUAUUCUGCUCAUCAUGCUGAAAAACUGAAGGAGAAUUUUAGCAAAAAAAAA